AUGGCUGAAAAUUCUGUUCUCCCGAAACCGCUUGACUUGCAAGAAUCCUUGAAGGAUGAAGAUAUUUCCUUAUCCGAAUUUAUGAGUCCCGCGAACUUCAAAUCGCACCAAUUGCAGUUCAUGCAUCGUUACUUGAACGCCAUCAUGAAGAAGCGGGAUCAUGAGAAAUUUUUGCAGGAGCUUCCAGCGGAUAUCCAUAAAAAGUUGCUGGCACUGAAAAAAUUGCAACUCGAGACAAUGGACUUGUCUGCCGAGUUUCACAUGAAGGUCCAUGAGCUGGAAAAGGAAUAUUUGGCGAAACAUGACUCAAUUUUCGAGAAACGAUCGCAAAUUGUGAGUGGCGAUCAUGUCCCUGAACCUUCCGAUGACGCCAAAAUCCAUGGAAUUCCGGAUUUUUGGUUGACAAUUUUCAAACUUGUACCGCAAAUGGAUCAAAUGGUGCAACCGCAUGACGAGCCAAUCCUCAAAUAUUUAAAAGACGUUCGAAUUCGCAGCGAAACUGAUCCCUGUUUGUCCUUCACGUUGGAAUUUCACUUUGCGCCGAACGAUUUUUUUGAGAAUUCGGUCUUGACGAAGGAAUAUUUCAUGAAAUGCGCUCCGGAGGCAACAACUCCCUUUGCUUUUGACGGUCCGGAGAUCUUCAAGUCACGCGGAACGGAGAUCCUGUGGAAAGAAAAGUCGAAAAAUGUAACAAUUGGCAUGCGAGAAGUCGAAGGAACGGAGACUGAGGUGAAAGUUCAGUCAUUUUUUAAUUUUUUCUCGCCACCGGAAGUCAUCGAGGAUCCAAAUCAUCCGUUUUUCCAUGAAGUUAACGCAAUUUUGGAAGCCGAUUUCGAGAUUGGAUUUUGCUUGAAAGACCGAGUUGUGCCGAGAGCUGUCUUGUAUUUCACUGCCGAAGUCAAGGAUGAUGACGACGCUGCCAGUUCUGACUCGGAAAUGUCCAAUUUGCAAGUCGUCUAUGAACAUUCCGAGGACGAGAAGCAAGGCGAUGGCGACAAACCUUCUGAAGCCUAA